AUGACUGAUUCCAAGAUGGAUGUUGAUGGCCCAUCCGUUGCAACUGGAAAGCUCCAGAAUGCGGAGAUUGAUGAAUCUUUGUACAGCCGGCAGCUCUAUGUCUUGGGACACGAGGCUAUGAAGCGUAUGGGGGCUUCUCAUGUGCUUGUCGCGGGUCUCAGGGGCCUAGGAGUAGAGAUUGCCAAAAACAUUGCGCUUGCCGGAGUCAAGUCUCUGACGCUUUUCGACCCGGAGCCUGCAGCUACUUCUGACCUUGCCUCUCAAUUCUUUCUGCAUCCGGAUGAUGUAGGCAAGCCAAGAGCCAAGGCUACAGUUCCACGAGUGGCAGAGUUGAACGCAUAUACUCCAGUAUCAGAACACCCGGGCAAGCGGUUGACGGAUGAUCUGGAAUUGCUGAGACAAUAUCAAGUUAUCGUCCUUACUGGAACAUCAUUAAGGGAUCAAGCUACUAUCGCUGAAUUCUGUCAUGUGAACGGCAUCUUUGUUGUCAUCGCCGAUAUCUUUGGUCUCUUUGGUUCUAUUUUCACAGAUUUCGGGAAAGACUUUGCAAUCGCAGACUCCACGGGUGAGAAUCCCAUGCAGGGAAUUCUUGCAGAUAUAGAUGCAGAUGGCCUGGUGUCUGCUCUAGACGAAACGAAGCAUGGCCUCGAGGACGGAGACUACGUGACUUUCACAGAAAUACAGGGUAUGGAGAAGCUGAACGGUGCAGACCCGCGGAAAGUCACUGUGAAAGGUCCCUAUACGUUCUCUAUUGGCGACGUCUCUGGUCUCGGUCAAUACAAGCGGGGUGGGCUGUAUACGCAAGUCAAAAUGCCUAAGAUCAUCAACUUCCAAUCCUUUGAGCAGCAACUUGAGAAGCCUGAGUAUUUGAUAUCAGACUUUGCGAAAUUCGACAGGCCACGGCAGCUCCACAUUGGAUUCCAAGCUUUGCAUGAGUUCGCUGAGAGCCGCAACGGGGAGCUUCCUCGACCCCAUUCAGAUGAGGAUGCUGUAGAGGUCCUUAAGCUUGCCAAAGAUAUAGCAGAUAAGCAAGAGGAGAAACCUGAAUUGGAUGAGAAGAUACUUCGUGAGCUCAGCUAUCAAGCACGAGGAGAUCUCGCUCCAAUGGCAGCCUUCUUUGGAGGCUUGGCUGCCCAAGAGGUUCUCAAAUCAGUGUCCGGCAAAUUCCAUCCCAUUGUUCAAUGGCUGUAUUUCGACUCUCUGGAAUCGCUUCCUACGUCCGUCAAGAGAUCUGAAGAUCUUUGCAAACCCACCGGUACUCGCUACGACGGCCAGAUAGCAGUGUUCGGAAAGGAAUUUCAAGACAAAAUUGCCAAUAUCAAUGAGUUUCUGGUAGGUGCGGGCGCUAUUGGAUGCGAGAUGCUCAAAAAUUGGGCCAUGCUCGGGCUAGCAACCGGGCCUAGAGGCAAAAUCAGCGUGGCAGACAUGGACCAAAUCGAGAAAAGCAAUCUCAAUCGACAGUUCCUAUUCAGGCCUAAGGAUGUUGGUAGGCUGAAGAGCGAGGCUGCUGCAGAGGCCGUCCAAGCGAUGAAUCCAGACCUCAAAGAUAAGAUUGUCAUUCAUCCAGAUCGUGUUGGCCAAGAUACUGAGCAUAUCUUCAAUGAGAAGUUCUGGCAAAGCCUUGACGGCGCAACGAAUGCCCUUGAUAACGUAGAUGCACGACAAUACGUUGACCGACGAUGUGUCUUCUUUCGAAAACCGCUUGUCGAUAGCGGAACCCUCGGGACGAAAGGCAAUACUCAGGUUGUCCUUCCAAUGUUGACUGAAUCAUAUUCGAGUUCUCAAGACCCACCUGAGCAAUCCUUUCCUCAGUGCACUCUACGUAGCUUCCCAAACAAGAUCGAUCAUACCAUAGCUUGGGCAAAAGAAAAGUUUCACCAGUACUUUGUUGGUCCUCCAGAAACCGUCAAUCUAUACCUCUCACAAGCAAACUAUGUCGAACAAACUUUGAAACAACAAGGGAACGAAAUACCAACUCUAGAAAGCAUUAGAGACUUCCUCGUGGCGGACAAGCCCUCAGGGAUUGAUGACUGCAUCGAGUGGGCACGUAAGCAGUUCGAGAGCGAAUAUAACAAUGCCAUCCAGCAAUUGCUGUACAACUUCCCCAAAGACUCGACUACGACUAGUGGAGCGCUUUUCUGGUCCGGCCCAAAGAGAGCGCCGGAUCCUUUAACAUUCGAUCCCAACAAUGAGACACACAUGAGCUUUGUUGUGGCUGGUGCCUAUUUACACGCAUUCAAUUACGGACUCGAUGUCUCCCACGGCAUUUCGGAACAACAGGUCGAGCAAGUGAUGGGCAACAUGAUCAUACCCGACUUUAAGCCAAGUUCUUCCGUGAAAAUCCAGGCAGAUGAUAAUGAGCCCGACCCAAAUGCUCAACCUGUUGGGUCUCGAUUUGACGACGCUGGCGCGUUAGAGAAGCUUGUAGCACAAAUCCCGCCUCCUAAGUCAUUCUCGACGGGCUUCAAACUCACCCCUGUUGAAUUUGAGAAGGAUGACGACACAAAUCACCACAUUGAUUUUAUUACUGCCGCAAGCAAUCUGCGAGCUUUGAACUACUCUAUCCAAGAAGCAGACCGUCAUCAGACGAAAUUCAUCGCGGGAAAGAUCAUUCCUGCUAUUGCUACGACGACCGCACUUGUUACUGGCUUGGUUGUCUUAGAGUUGUAUAAGAUCAUUGAUGGCAAGGAUGACAUCGAACAGUACAAGAACGGCUUCAUCAACUUAGCGUUGCCUUUCUUUGGAUUCAGUGAGCCAAUUGCCAGUCCGAAAGGCAAGUACCAAGGCAAGAACGGUGAAGUCUCAAUAGAUAGGUUAUGGGACCGCUUUGAAGUCGAUGACAUGACACUAAAGGAAUUCUUGGCUCAUUUCGAAGAGAAAGGACUCAACAUCCAGAUGCUCAGCUCUGGGGUCAGCCUUCUUUACGCGAGCUUUUACCCUCAGGCCAAAUUGAGGGAUCGCAUGGGCCUUACCAUGAGCAAAUUGGUUGAGACCGUAUCGAGGAAGCCCCUGCCUGACCAUCAGAGAAAUAUCAUAUUCGAAAUGACAGUAGAGGAUAUAACUGAGGAGGAUGUUGAGGUACCGUAUGUCAUGGUCAAGCGGAGUUAA